UGUUGACGCAUUCGUAGCCAAUAUCUUUAUUCGUAGCUACGGUUUAAUCGGAAAGUUCCAUUAUGUCAAUUUUCCAAUCAGUACAAACUCCAAGGACUUAAGAAUCCAGAAAGAAUCAUUCAGAUUCAGAUAACCAAAAGAUUCUUUACAUUCAUGAGAUGCUCCAAAAUCCUCCAAAUGCUAGGAUCGAUCGGAUGAAAUUUCGCGAGCUCGUUAAAGUACGAAUAAUAAGUUAUUAUAGUUAAAUAGUUUCAAAAUAAAUUUAUUUGACAUCCUGAUUACUGUUGUUUUCCUCCCAAUUCUAUAAUAGUCUAAUGUGUGAUUUAAAGUCAACGACCCAAAAAGAGUUAACGGAAGAGAGGUUAGAAAGUUCAAGAGUGACGGAGACGGAGAACACGAGUGAAAGUACGUGUCGUACGUGUUGACAACCACUGAGCCCACCAUGGCUAUGCCCCACCUUGUAUUUAGAGUCAACACAAACCUAUCCAGACUUCCUCUCUUUCAAUUUCUGAACAGCUCUGUCACGUUGACCUCGCAGUCGAGUUUUCAGUCGCCGGUUUACAAUUACAACUCAUCGAAUCAAUUACAGGCGUAUUCGUUAACCAGGAACUUUAGUACAUCUGCUGCAAUGGAAAAGAUAAAGGCGGGACCCGUCGUCGAUAUCCUUGGAGACGAAAUGACCCGAAUCAUCUGGGACUCCAUCAAGGAAAAAUUAAUUCUCCCCUAUCUGGACAUUGAGCUCCAUAUCUACGAUUUAGGUAUGGAAAAUCGAGACAAAACAGACGACAAAGUCACCGUCGAUUGCGCUGAGGCAAUUAAAAAGUACAAUGUUGGAAUCAAAUGCGCCACAAUAACUCCUGAUGAAAACAGAGUAGAAGAAUUUAAACUGAAACAAAUGUGGAAGAGUCCAAACGGAACGAUCAGAAAUAUUCUUGGAGGCACUGUCUUCAGGGAGGCAAUUAUUUGCAAAAAUAUUCCCAGAUUAGUCACCGGGUGGAACGAACCCAUUAUAAUUGGAAGGCACGCUCAUGGGGAUCAAUACAAAGCCACUGAUUUUCUAGUUCCUGGACCAGGAAAAUUGGAAAUUACCUGGACGGGUGCUAAUGGACAAAAAAUCGAGCACGUUGUCUAUGAUUUUAAAUCUGCUGGAAUCGCACAAGCUAUGUACAAUACUGAUGAAAGUAUUCGAGAUUUUGCUCGAAGCUCAAUGGAGUAUGCUCUUGAUAGAAAGUAUCCACUCUAUCUUUCCACCAAGAACACUAUUCUUAAAAAGUACGAUGGUAGAUUCAAGGACAUCUUCCAAGAGAUUUAUGAGCAGGACUAUAAGGCGAAGUACGAGGCAGCGAAAAUCUGGUACGAACACCGAUUGAUCGACGACAUGGUUGCGUACUCGAUGAAGUCCAAUGGUGGAUUCGUCUGGGCUUGCAAGAACUACGAUGGCGACGUGCAGUCAGACUCUGUAGCUCAGGGUUAUGGAUCUCUAGGUCUCAUGACUUCCGUUCUUCUCUGUCCUGAUGGUCGUACAGUAGAAGCUGAAGCAGCCCACGGUACAGUGACUCGUCACUAUCGUCAGUAUCAACAAGGAAAAGAAACUUCCACUAACCCAAUCGCCUCCAUCUUUGCCUGGACGAGAGGUCUACUUCACCGAGCCAAACUCGACAACAAUGACAAACUACGAAACUUUUCAGAAACCCUCGAGAAGGUCUGCAUCAGCACAAUCGAGUCUGGAAGCAUGACGAAAGACCUCGCAAUUUGCAUCAAGGGAAUUAAGAAUGUCAAGAGAAGCGAUUACCUCGAAACCUUUGAAUUCAUGGACAAAUUGGCAGAGAACUUGAAAAAGGGCCUUGGGGCAUGACUGGUUUAUGAUGACAUUUCCAGUUUGAAGCCAAUUUUAGAAGUGAAAUCUAAUUAUUAAUUCCAUUUUUCUACUUGAACAACUUUGUCGUUUAAUUAUGAUUGAUUAUGUCCUGAGAGUGAAAUUGUCGAUAUUUAUUUGUUUGUUGAGACUUUUGGCGAGUUGAAAAAAAAGUCUAGGUAUAUCCUUAAUAUAAAGAGUUUUCUUUAUAGAUUUAUUAUUUGUAGAAAUGCGAGCAGAGAAUUGAUGAGAACCUAAUAUGCACUUAUUUGCAUUUAUUGCCAGAGAGUCUACGAUUUCAAAGAAAUGUGUCUCUAUGGCUAUAUUUUAUAGGCUUAUUUAAAAACUGCUCUGUGAUUUUGAAUAAAUUUUGUAACUCCAUUUAUCAUUUCUGAAAUUUUAAUUUCUGGUUAGAUUAAACUCUAAUAUAUCUAAAAAAAGCGGAUAAUUAAUCCCUUUUCUUUUUGCAAAGUCUUCAAAGACUUUUCUUUGUUUUAUACAAUAUGAUUACAUUUAAAAAAUUAUUUCGUGCUGAUAGAACCAAGAUUGGAAAUUCACUUAUUAAAAGAAGACACGAGAAUCAUAACUAGAUAAGGAAUGAAAAUUAAAUUUUACAAGAUGACGAAAAAAAGUUUUUUGUUAUAUAUGUUUACAAAUUUAAAUUUUUUAUUUUAUAGAAUCAUGUAUUCUUUAAGAACUCUAUAUUGACGGUGUGAAAACAAAAGGAACUUUUUUUGUUAUGCAUGCCCGGAAUGUUAGCUUUUCGAGGAAUGCAUAGCGUGCGGAAGGUGAUCAGUUAUGAAAUAUUGCUCGGAAUUAUAUUGUGCUACAAGUGCGGAGAAUAGGAAUUUCCACACUAGUGUAAAGUUUUUCGUACGAGCCAGAGGCGGAUCGAAGGGCAGUCGAUUCUGGGAUAUCUCACAACUGUUCCGAUGAAAAUCGAUAUCAUGGAUCUGACCGUAUUGAAAGAAUCCAUUAUGAAUUCCUGAAAUAAUUUCUAUUAAACAGGUAUUUUAAAUGUGUAUACGUUUAGGUAAAUAAAUCUUUGUACUUCAUCUUGUU